AUGGGGAAAAGGAAAGACGUGGUCCAGUACAGAUUUCUUAGUGAAGGCAGCGCGGGGCCGCAUGGUGUUCACAAGCACAAGCAUAAAAAGCACAAGAGGCAUAAGAAGAAGCACCAUGGCCUCUCCGAGGCCCCGGAGCCUGUCAUGGCCCCCCGUCCUCCUCCGCAGCUGCGACUUAAGAUUAAGCUAGGAGGACAGACGCUGGGGACAAAGAGUGUUCCCACCUUCACCGUGCACCCUGGAGUGGCUUGUCCUCCUUCACCGCUGAUGAUCGUGGAGGACGACGAUGAUGACGAUGAAGACGACAAGCCUUCUGUGCCUCUCGAGCAGUACCGGGCCUGGCUUGAUGAAGACAGCAACAUGGCCACAUCUCCUCUCCCCGACAUGGAUUCAAUGUUGGGGGUGCCCGUGGACGAGGAGGAGAGGUGGCUGGACGCUCUGGAGAAGGGCGAGCUGGACGACAACGGCGAGCUCAAGAAAGAAGUGGAUGAGUCCCUGCUCACCGCCCGACAGAAAGCCCUCCUCCACAAGCAGCAGAUCCAACCCCUCCUGGAACUGCCCAUGGGCUACAAGGAGAAGGAGAUGACGGCCGAGAUGAUGCAGAAGCGGGAAGAGCGCGCUCGGAAGCGACGCUUGCAGGCGGCCAAGAAGGCGGAGGACAACAAGAACCAGACCAUCGAGAGGCUCACCAAGACCAGCAAGGCCAAGAUCAAAAGCAUGCGAGAGAAGAAGUCCAAGCAGAGCCAGUGUCCGAUCGUGCGCUACAGCGACUCGGCCCGAGGCGUGACCAUUUCCUUCCCUGCGGGCGUCCCCGCCCCUGAAGCAGCGCCACCCCCGCCUCCGCCCGCGGUCGCAGUGACCUGCGGGGUGAGCGGUUGCUUCAACCUGAAGAAAUAUAGCUGCUCAAAAACGGGUGUCCCUCUGUGCAGCCUGCAGUGCUACGAGAGGAACAUGCAGUUAGUCCAGGGCGCCGCCUGA